AUGUCGUCUCCGGCCUCGCUCGACCCGGACACCUACGCGACGGUGAUCUCGAAGCUCUCUACCUCCGACGUGCUCGCGUGCGCGCAGGUGUGCACCAGGCUGCGCGAGCUGUGCGUGGCGUCGCUUCAGAGCUCGCACGCAGUCGAGGAGCGCGGCACCGGCAUCACUGGCGGCGCUCUGCGGUGGCUCGCGCUGCGUCGGCUGCGCGGCGUCACGCGCAUCGAACUCGUCGACUGCGGCGAGCUCACCAAGGCGAGCAUCACCAGCGCGGUGGCGGGGUGCGACUCGCUGGCUUCCCUGUCCGCGCUCCGCGUCGGGCCUGGCUCGUGGGCGCUCGGGCACAUCGAGAGGCUUCUCGCUGUGGCGCCGCCGAGCCUGGCGAGCGUGCGCCUCGACGUUCUGCUCGAGAUGAAGAAGGACCUGCACGAGGGGUCGCACUUGCUCGCCGCCCUCGCCCGGCCGUCGCUUCGCGUCGAGAAGCUGACCCUCGUCUCGGACAACGUCUCGCGGGCCGCGGCCCCGAGCGAUGCGAGCGGGGCUGAGGCCGCCACGGCCGCCCUGGCGGCGCUCGACGUCGGAAGCGACGGCGACGACGACGCGGCCGAGGAGGGCGCCGAGGGCGCGCCGUGUGCCCUCGGGCGGCUGUGCGCGGCCCUGCUGGCCGGCGGGGGCGUGGAGGAGCUCGACGCGUCGUCAGGGGCGCUCGACCUGCCCGGCGCCGCCUCGCGCCUCCUCGCGCCCCUCCUGACCGCGCGGGGCUGCCUCCUCCGCCGCCUCUCCGCCCGCCACCUCGACCGGCGCAGCGUGCGCACGCUCGCGCGCGCGCUGCGCUCGAACGGCUCGCUCGACUCCCUCAACCUCUCGUCGAACAUGGUGUACGGCAGGGCCGCGUCGGACUUCGCGGCCGCCCUCGCCGGCCACGCCUCACUGACAGCCCUCGACCUCGACCACAAUCCGCUCCUCGAUGGGGGCGGCGCCGCCGUCGCCGCCGUGCUGCCCAGCACGCCGAUCCGGUCGCUCUCGCUCUGCUUCACCGGCGUCGGCGACGCCGCUUGCGACGCCCUCGCCCUCGCGCUGGCGGGCGACUGCCGCUUGCGCUCCCUCCGCCUGAGCGGCAACCGGAUCACCUCUUCCGGCGCAACCUCCCUCGCCGCCUCCCUCGGCAAGCUCGCCCACCUCGACCUGACUGCGAACGUUCGCCUCGACGGCGCCGCCACCGCCGCCCUCGCCAUAGCGCUUCCCGCCUCCGCGCUCCGCUCGCUGCGGCUGUCGGGCUGCAACGUGGACAGGAAGGCGUGCAGUCGGCUCGCGGCGGCGCUCCCCCUCUCGCGCCUCGCCCGCCUCGACCUGAGCUCGAACCACUUCUCCGACGGCGGAAGCGACGAGCUCGCCUGGGUGCUCGGCGGGUGCGGCUCGCUCACGGCGCUCUCGCUCGCGGACUGCAACAUUGGGGACGAGGGCGCCGACGAACUUCUCGAGGCGCUCGCCGACGCCGACGCGCCCCCCUCGGUCCGCAGCAUCGACCUGCGCUGGAACAAGCUCGGGAGCACGCACCAGGGCGGGCGGGGCGUCAGCGGCGACCCGCGGGCGGACGCGAGCAGCCAGAAGCAAAGGACCGCCGCAGAGCGGCAAACCGAACACCUGGAGCACACGUGGCAGCAGGCCAAGGCGGCGGGCAAGCCGCAGAAGGUCUACGUGCCAAAGUGGCAGCGCGAGGCGCGCAAGGCCGCGGGCGGAGGCGGGGGCACGGGGCCGUCGGCCGUGCACGAGUCGGACGUGGAAACAGCAGGAGCGGCAGCGCCGAUGGCACAGCAGCUGGAAGAGGCGCUGACAAUUUCCAGCUGCGAUCCGACCGGGUCUACGAAGCUCGACGCAAACAUCAACGAGACAUUGUAUUUUAUGCAAGAAUUCCAAACCGGCGGAAGUAAGGCGGAGGAGGCGGCUGAGGCGCCGGCUACUGCAGAGGAAGAGGCUGAGGGUCCGGCCACGCCGGCUGCUGCAGAGGAAGAGGCUGAGGCACCGGCCACGCCGGCUGCUGCAGAGGCAGAGGCACCGGCACGGGCUGCUGCCGCCCCGGCGGAGGGUCUCUCGAACGCCGAAUUCCGCCGGUUCCUCCUCGCCCGCCCAAAGGGGCCACAGCCCGGCGAGCCGCCUGCACACGGCGAGUCGGCGGCGGCGAGUGUUUCCGGCUCGGAGCCGCCGCCCGCGCCGCUCCCGCCGCUCGAGUCGCCUCUCCGCGGGUAUGCGCUCGACUCCUCCCACCUGCGCGCGGGCGGUGGCGUGAGUCGCCGGGCGGCGCUCAACCCUCUGGCGGACUGCUGGUCCCGCACGGACGCGCUGCCGAAGCUCUGCCUCCAGUUUGCAACCACCGGCCGGUGCGGCGUGCGGGGAGGGCAGUGCCGGUACUCGCACGCGGUGCAAGGCCAGCCGGAGGCCCUCCUCCACGCGGAGAUCCGGCGGUCGGCCAACCGGCGCGGCGAGGCGGACGGGUGCGGCUGCGGCGACUUUGUGCCCCUCUCGCUCGGCAGAGCGGUGCUCAGCGCUCGCCCCCCGCCCGCGAGCGAGGAGGAGGAGGAGGCGGCGGUGGAGGAGGCCCUUUCGCUCGCGAGGCGGGCGCGCGAGGAGACGGGCGCACACAACCUCGAGGCGGCGCAGGCGAGCGCCGCGCUGCUGGCGCUGCUGGCGGAGCGGUACCAGCGGCCGGGCAGCGCCCCGCCCUCGCGGCGGCUGCGCAAGGGGCUGCUGCGGACCGCCGCGCUGCUGCACCGGGGAGGGCUAAAGUGCGACACGUGCGGGCGAGCCUUCGACGCCUGCUGCUUCUGGAGCCUGACUGCGCGGGUCGAGGCGUGCCACUUCUUCGCCGCCGGCGCGUGCCGCGAGGGAAGCCGCUGCCGCUUCGUUCAUGUCGGCGCGCCGCCAAAGGCGCCGCUCGGCGCGUCCACCUACGAGCCGCGCCCGGGGCCGUCGCGCGUGAGCGUCGCGCGUGUGCCGCGCAUGCGUUGCUCGCUCUCGCCGCACGGUGUGGCUGCGGUCCUGCCGGCGCAGCCGUGGGGCCUCGUCGUCUCGAGGGAAGGGUCCGCCCUGAUUCGCCUCCCUGAGGGGUUGCUGCUCGCUGUGGACGGGGUCUGGUUCAGGGACGGAGCGCGGCUGGUCGAGUGGCUCUGCCAGGGCGGCGAGGAGGAGGACCUCGCCCGCCGCAAGCAGGAGGUCUGCGGCGAGCUGCUCCGGAGCGCGACCUGCUGCCCGACUCACUCCCCCCUGCGCCGCUACGUCGAGCAAAUGGUGCAGCUCGUCGACGGCUUGGCAAGGAUCCUCGGCUCGCGCUCCGGCUGGGAGGGCGUCGAGGGCGUGGCGCGGGCGCGAGUCCCGAUCGUCAAGUGCGUCGACUCCGACUCGCGCAUCCCUGCGGACAUCUCGAUCGACAACCGCCGCGCGCGCGCCAAGACGGCGCUGCCCGCGUCGUACUCGCCGAGAGCCCGUUGCAGGGCAUGUCCACGCCACCGGUGGGCCGCCCGCAGGGCCAUCAACGACCCGCGCGCGAGCUUCCCGAACAGCUACACCUGGUGCCAGCUGCUGAUCGCCUACCUGCAGCUCUGCUCCCCGCCCGUCCUCCCCUCCCUCACCUCCCUCGCCGGCGGGGAAUGGUCCGACGCCUGGUCGGCAGACCCGCUCCUCGUCCUGCCCGCCCUCGACGAAGGCGGAGACGGAGGCGGCGAGGGCGAGCCGGAGCGAGCGGCGCACGAGCUGAGGCGCGACCACGCCGCCGUCCUCGAGGCGGCGGCGGCGGUGGCGGCGGCGUCGCGCACCUCGCAGGACGUCGGCAGCCUGCUCUCCGGUUUCUUCCACUUCUGGGCGGACUGGCUCGGCGAAGGCGGCUCGGGCAGAGGCGGCGCGCUGGCGCAGUGGUGGGUGGUCUGCACGCGGAUCGGCGCGCCGCUGCAGCAGGCGGACAAGGCGUGGCCCGAGGGGGCGGCGGGGAGGGAGUGGCACCUCUUCCCGAUCGAGGACCCGGUCGACGAGGACCACGACCUCGGCCGCGUCCUCACGCCGCGCUCGCUCGCCGUGCUCAAGCAGGAGCUGAGCCGGGCGGCGCAGACGCUGGCCGAGGGCGGCACGCUCGAGCAGGUCCUGAGGGAGCACCAGUAG